CCCUAUUUAAUUCACUCUUGGUAUAUCCGGUUCAUCUUCUUCGACAUACGAUGUUAAUGACUUCGGUUCUUAAUGUUACUAUUUCAGUAAAUUGUAAAGAUGCCAAUAUUGUGGAAAAAGGAAAUAGGGACACUCUAUAAUUGUAUGGCCAUGAGGUUAGAUUCUCUGCAUCUGUACCACUUAGUUGUUCCCUAUAGGAAGAAGGUGCAAGGUGAUUGCUAUGACAUCACCGUGGGAACGUUGAUUCGGAAAAGCGUUAUAAAGCAUGGAGAUGAUCGACACGCAAGUCAUUCGAUGUAGGUAACGUACACCCACGUCGUUACCCUACAAUUUACAUCGUCAGUUUUCGGAUAUACAUAAAUUCUUGUAUAAAUUCAUUACGGUGACAAUAAUCAAAUAUUUAAAAUCAUGGAAAUUAAAAGUGGUUUUUCACAAAAUACUGACACAAAAGAAAUUUCUUCAAACGGAGAACUAGAGUAUUGGAUGACUCGACUUCCAGAUGCUAUAAAAAAUAUACCUAUAAUACAGUUGGCAAUACCCGGUUCUCAUAAUACAAUGACUUACACUAUAAAUCGUCGUAAUGAAGUGGGGCCGGACGAGCCAAACUACAUUAGAACUCUCGGCCGUUACUGCUCACCUGUUUCAAAACCCAUUAUAUUUAAUUGGUCUAUUACGCAACAUGACAGUGUGAAGGAUCAGCUGAAUGGAGGAAUUCGGUACUUAGAUUUUCGUGUCGCAACGAAACCAACGAACAGAAAUAUUUAUUUUGUACAUGGCUUAUAUGGUUCAGAAAUAUAUCAACCACUACAGGAAAUUGCGGAAUGGCUGUCUUCUCAUAGUAACGAAAUUUUAAUCGUAGAUUUUCAACACUUUUAUUUGUUCAAAGAAACGGAUCAUCAACAUCUUGUAGACAUGAUUUUUCGAGUAUUUCAGAAAAAAUUGUGCCCCAUAUUUUCCAGUUUUGAUCACAUAACGCUUAACUGGCUUAAUUUAAAAAGAUACCAAGUGAUCGUUAUUUAUAGAAAUAUUUUCGCGCAAAAUUAUUCGAAUUUAUGGCCUAGUGGAUUAUGGCGUACACCUUGGCCUAACACCACUCGUGUCGAUGAACUUCUAGAUUUCUUAGAUAUAGAACUGCAAGCAAGACCACUAGAAAUUGGCUUUGUAUCACAAUGUGUUUUAACACCAGACGUCUCAUAUGUAUUAAAACAUAUAUGUGGAACGUUGCAGAGAAGUUUAGUGCUAUUAAGUCAAAAAACGAUUUUAUCUUGGUUAAGUCAGAAACGCUCCGGUCAAGGUGGAUUGAAUAUUGUUAUUGCCGACUUUGUAUCAGAUAAUAAUUAUUUAUUCUGCAAGACAGUUAUUGCAAACAAUAAGAAAAUGUUUCAUUUGUAAUAUUCUGUAUGAAAUAGUAUAUUAUGUCUGCAUCUAUACAGUGUAAUUAGAAUAGUACUAUCUUGAGUAUUUCCAAAACUUCAGAGUUAAAGAAAAAUUUGUACAGUAAAGAUCAUACCAUGACAGUUGUAGUAAAUAUAAUAAUCAAUAAUCUAAAAAGUAAUGUAUAUAUCUAAAUUAAUUACUACAAGAUUAUAAAACUGUAUUACCAAUGAUAAUUAUUAUGUCUAAAGAUUUUCUUGUUGUGUGUAAGAUGUAAGAUAUUUUAACUCUUUCUGUAAUUGGAAAUUACCCAUAAAUAAUUAUAAGAAUAUACCAUUCUAUUUGAAAAAAUGGAAGGUAAUUUGUACAUAUACAACAUUUUUUCAUUUAUAAAGAAAAAUUGUCAAUAUCAUGUGAUACACACUAUCAAGAGAUUAUAAGAAUAAUAUAUUAUUGUUCAACAAUCUUUUUCCUAGCUUCAAUGGUUAGAUGUUAGAGAUCAUUGUUCUCAUUGAUUUAUAUUGUUUAUAUUUUAAUAUAUUUUGGUUGUGA